GAACGAGAACAGUGAACAACAGAGAGGGCUCUGUAAGGCGCUGUUGUCGUUCGAAACAGAACGGAUAGGUGGGACAGAAGACAGAGGAAAAUAAGUGAUAGAAGCAGUGGGGAAGUAGCUAAUUCACGGCAAUGCACCGGGACCAAUGAAAAAUUAACUUGAAAUCGUUUUGGAAAGACUGAACGUUUCCUUUUGGCUUUUUUACUGUCUGCGGAACAAUUGUCACUAGCAACAGACGGUUCUGUUGCAUCUGUUUUGCUGCAGGUGACCCCCACCCCUUCGCCAAAAUCCGGCUAUUAGAUGUGACCACGAGGUUGAUCAGGAGAAGCCACCAUGUCUUAAAUGCAGACGGGCCCUCCGGGGCCCUGUCCCCCCACCCUGGACCCCCCUCCCCCAUCCACCCCCUUACCCCUUAUCCCAGCCCCAUCCCACUCCCAGACCUCCCUGCACAUAUGAGGGACAGGCUACCCAGCCCUGGCUCCCCGCUGGCACACCCAUCCCCUCCCCCCUUAGAGAUGAGCCUACAGAAGCACCAGUUAGAAGGCGGUAGCCGAGGGGUGAUGGGCUCUGACCGGGACCUGCAGUCUACUGCUUCCUCCAUCUCUCUGCCCUCUGUGAAGAAGGCCCCAAAGAAGAGGCGCCUCUCACUGGCUUCUCUUUUCCGACGGCGGGCUCGGGAGCCAAAAUCCGGGCGUCAAAGGUCCCGAGAGCUCCAACAACCCGGACCUGUAGGGCUUGGAGGGGUGGAUGGCAUCGCCAGUAUUGAAAACAUCCACUCUGAGAUGUGUAAUGACAAGAAAUCUGCCGCCUUCUCUGUGGCUGGGGCCUCCGCUGCUGCCUCCACCUCUUCUGCCUCAGGGCCUUCUUCCUCUACCUCCUCCUCCUCCAAGGCAGGGGGCGGGGCUGGGGCGGAGCUACUGGAGUGCCCGCUGUGCCUUCUGCGCCACUCCAGGGAGAGCUUCCCCGACAUCAUGACCUGCCACCACCGCUCCUGUAUGGAUUGCCUGCGCCAGUACCUGCGCAUUGAGAUCUCCGAGUCACGUAUCAACAUCAGCUGCCCCGAGUGCUCGGAGCGCUUUAACCCACACGACAUCCGUAUGAUCCUGGGUGACCGGGCCCUCAUGGAGAAGUACGAGGAGUUCAUGCUGAGGAGGUGGCUUGUGGCUGACCCUGACUGCCGCUGGUGCCCUGCACCGGACUGUGGGUAUGCAGUGAUUGCUUUCGGGUGUGCCAGCUGUCCUAAGAUCACUUGUGGCAGGGAGGGCUGUGGUACAGAGUUCUGUUAUCACUGUAAGCAGCUGUGGCAUCCCAACCAGACCUGCGAUGCAGCGCGACAGCAGCGAGCCCAGAGCCUCCGCCUGAGGACCGUCCGCUCGUCCUCCCUCAGCUACAGCCAGGAGAGCGGAGCUGCAGCUGAUGACAUUAAGCCAUGUCCGCGCUGUGCUGCCUACAUCAUCAAGAUGAACGACGGCAGCUGUAACCACAUGACCUGUGCCGUCUGCGGCUGUGAGUUCUGCUGGCUUUGCAUGAAGGAGAUCUCAGACCUGCACUACCUGAGUCCGUCAGGCUGUACUUUCUGGGGGAAGAAGCCAUGGAGCAGAAAGAAGAAGAUUCUUUGGCAGCUCGGAACACUUGUGGGUGCCCCCGUUGGCAUCGCACUCAUCGCCGGCAUAGCUAUUCCCGCCAUGAUUAUUGGUAUCCCUGUAUAUGUGGGAAGAAAGAUCCAUAACAGCUAUGAAGGCAAAGAUAUCUCCAACCACAAGAGGAACCUGGUGAUCGCUGGUGGAAUGACUCUCUCUGUUAUUGUAUCUCCAGUGGUGGCUGCAGUCACUGUCGGCAUUGGCGUUCCCAUCAUGCUGGCGUAUGUCUACGGCGUGGUGCCUAUCUCGCUGUGCCGUAGCGGAGGUUGUGGCGUCUCAGCUGUGAAUGGCAAAGGAGUUCGCAUAGAAUUUGACGACGAGAAUGAUAUGAAUGUUGGCACUGGGGUUGCUGCCACUGAUACUACAUCAGUGGCAGACACCAGGAACAAUCCCAGUAUAGGCGAAGGCAGUGUUGGGGGGCUGACAGGCAGCCUGAGUGCCAGCGGCAGCCACAUGGACCGUCUGGGGGCCAUCAGGGACAACUUGAGUGAGACAGCGUCCACCAUGGCCCUGGCCGGAGCCAGCAUCACCGGCAGCCUCUCUGGCAGCGCCAUGGUCAAUUACAUAAACAGGCUAGAGGUGCAAGCUGAUGUGCAGAAGGAGCGCUGCAGUCUGAGCGGUGAGUCUGGCACGGUCAGCCUGGGCACAAUCAGCGACAACGCUAGCACCAAAGCAAUGGCUGGGUCCAUUCUUAACGCCUACACGCCGCUGGACAGAGAGGGGAACAGUAUGGAGGUCCAGGUUGACAUUGAAUCCAAACCGGGCAAACUACGGCACCACAGUGGCGGCAGCAGCGUCGACGAUGGCAGCCAUGUCGGCCGCUGCGGCUGGACCUGCCCCUCCAACGGCUGCCCGUCCUCAGAGGGCAAAGGAACGUCCGGCAAGUGGGCCAAAGAGGCGUGCGGCUCCUCCUCCUCCGGCUCAGGGGGCAAAAAGAGCAAAGGCAAGCUGCGCAAGAAAGGCGGCGGAGGCACCAAGAUCAACGAGACGCGGGAGGACAUGGACGCCCAGCUGCUGGAGCAGCGCAGCACCAACUCCUCGGAGUUCGACUCUCCGUCUCUGAGCGGCAGCCUGCCGUCUGUGGCCGACUCCCACUCCAGCCACUUCUCGGAGUUCAGCUGCUCGGAUCUGGAGAGCAUGAAGACGUCGUGCAGCCACGGCUCAGGCGGCGGCGGAGGCGACUACCACACACGCUUCGCCACAGUCAGCCCCUUACCCGAGGUAGAGAACGACCGCUUGGAGACCUGCCCCGCUGCUUCGUCCUCUUCACAGGGACACGGAGCCGUGAUCUCUCCCCACUCCCCCACCUCCACCUCCACCACCUCGUCCCUGGGCCACGGCGCAGAGCUCUCCCCGCUCUGCUUCAUCACAGAGGAGAAUGUCAACCUGGUGUGCCCUGCCGAGCUGGACUCUCACAGCAACACCAGAGAGCUGCUAAAAGAAACCAACAACAACAACAACCACCACCAACCACAACAGCCAACCCAAACACAGCAGCAGCCCAAGAACUCCUGUAUACAGACGGAAAUAUGAAAUCUCAAUACCUUAAGUGCUGCACAUCUUUUCCUCCCCUAAACUAACAGUCACAUCUUACCUGUAUUUUUUGUUUUGUUAGUCCCUUGUGAAAGGGAUUUUUUUAUUUGGGGAUUUCUUUCCAUAAACGGAGAGUUUGGAAAUGGAAGUUUUAAUAGGUUUCCAAAGUGCAGCCAAUGUGAGAAAUGUUGUGAAUGCUGGUGUUUCUCCCUGUGCGACCCGCACACAGCUGACACUUUUAUUUUUUAUUUUUUUUUACAGUUCCCUCCCUUGCCACUUGUAACAGAGAGCCCACUGAUCUGGUCGCUGUCCUAUUGAGCUGUGUAGGUUAAAAAUGAAACCACUGUGCCAGUUUUUCUUGUAUUUGAUUUUGGCUCUACAAUGCGGAUGCAACACCAUGCAGGAAUCCUGAUGUCACAGCCUUAGGGACCAGGCAAUAUGAUUCACUAUUUCCUCCUUUUUAUUUUCCACCAAAUGUAUUAGUAACAGAGGAACCUUUUUUGUUCUUUCUGUAUUUAUUAUUAGAUUUUGGUUGUUGUCUUUUCCAGUUUGACAUUAACCCUCUAAUAAAAUAUAAUUAGAAGGCCUGGGCUCAACAUCCUACAUCUAAGCACUAAAAUGAACACUUUUAGCACUAAAAUGAACAUGUAACAACUAAGAUUCUCUUCACAUAGAUGGACACAUAUCUGCAGUCCAACUGUUGGGAGAUGAUAUUUGACUGCUCUUUAGCAGCUUGGUAACCACAGAGUUUAGUGUGUGGUUUUAGUGCUAGGAUGUCUUUGGAGACCCAGGCCGCGUAAGGUUCUGUGGAAAGCUAGGUGUGUUGGGGAUGGGUGGGUGAGGGUUUGAUUUGAUCAAGGUCUCUGGAAGGCCACAGUUUUCAAAAAUAAUGCUGAAAGUCAUUAUAAUAACCUUAACCAAUGGGUUGGUCAAUUCUGUGAAAUUGUAAAAAGAAAAUGUUUUGUCCUGUUCAAAGGUGAUUUAUUCAGACUGAUGGUCUCGCCUCACAGAGUAAGAGAGCUUUGAUAUCUUUCUUUGUUAACUCAUGGUGCCUUCAAGAAGCUGUUUGUGUUCUCCGUUUGUCUCUCUGUCUCUCCGCUGUGUCUUCAAGACACCAAACAACUCAUUAUAGGUUGCAGAAUGUCUGUCUGUGUAGGAGGGAUGCUCAUUCACACACAGGAUGUACUGUGGUAGAAAUGGUAAAUGAAGACUUUUCAAUUGCCUACCAAAGACAGCACUCAGGCUCUUGUUAAAUCUUAUACCUUUUGACUUGUCACCUGUAGACACAGUAUAGUGAAUCCUUUUUACACCUUUGGGAUGAAUGAAGACAAGACCCAGGAUUAUACAGACAUACUGACUGCGGUUUUUACAUGCUUCACAAAUGCUACGCAAAUAACUGAGGCCGCAAAAUGGCCCGAGGCACAUGCACUGUUAUCUGUAUUUCUUAAUACAUUGAUGUUCUGCAAUGCACAAAAGUUAGUAGGGAUACACAGGUUGGUUCUGGGAUACCUUCCCUAUUGAUUUAUCCUGUGGAUCCGGUUUGUGUUGCCAGUUGCCGCUGCCGAGCAGACUUAAAGUUAACUUUUGUUUUUCAACACUUUAUUUCAGAGUGUUUGAUUAAGCCUGUCGUUACUGCUCGGUGGUCAGUUAAGGUUGGAUAAGGUUAAAUGCUGCAGUCCUCCCCACGUUAAAGCAAAAUGUUUUGUUCUUCCUCCCCGGUUCGGUUUCACGUUCUCCACCAAAACUCCAGUUUCUUGAUCCUAAUUUGAACACUAGUGCCAGAUAUAAUUUGUAAUUUGUGCAGAACAGCAUAAGGUAUUUGUACAUUUGUUUGGUAAUUUGCUUUACUAUAUGCGUGUAAAUGCAUAUCAGAAAAAUAAAAAAAUAUAUAAAUGAA